AUGGGGCGGAGCAGCUCGGCGGGCGAUGACGUCACCGGGGCCUGGGGCCGGUUUGUGGUUCAAGAUCAACGAGCCGGCCAGGUUGCUGCGUGCGUGCCGCCUUAUAGGAGCCGACAGAUGCGGCCAGGAGGAAAAUCGGAUUCGCUUUCGAUGGGUACACAUGCGGACUUUAUGGAGGUCCCGUUUAGUCAAAACAGCUUUGGAUUUGGG